GAGGGAGUCGGCUGCUGAUUGGCAGGAGCUAGCUCGUCGCUGAGGUGGGGGUUGCGCUGGCCGCUGAUUGACGGGUCCCAGCCGGCGUGGGGCGGGGCUUCGCUGGUCGCUGAUUGACAAGUCGCAGAUCGCCAGGUGCGGCGACAUGAUGCCUCCAAGUUCAGUAGUCUCUCUCGGUAAAGAUGUCAUUAACCUUUCUGAAGUAAUAGAAUGACAAGUCUGCUAAAGCGUCACUGUUCAGAGUUUCUUGAAGACUUGGCGAGGUACAUGACCGAAUACAUAGUUACACGAUGGACAAGGAAGCAAGUCGCCUGGAGAAGGACUAUGUUCAUAGUGUGUAUGAGAAGAUUGCUCCUCACUUCAAUGACACUCGAUACAAAGCUUGGCCCAGAGUACGUCAGUUUCUUAUGGAACAAGAAUCUGGCAGUCUCAUCGCCGAUAUUGGAUGUGGGAAUGGGAAGUACCUUUGUAUCAACAAUCAAGCCUACAAAGUGGGUUGCGAUUAUUGCCUGCCCUUGGUAGAAUCCGCAAGAGAGCAGAACUAUGAGACCAUGGUAUGUGACAGUCUGCACCUACCAUAUCGCAGUCAGUGUUUUGAUGCCAUUCUGUCCAUAGCAGUGAUACACCAUUUUUCCACAAAAGAACGUCGUAUUCAAGCAAUAAAGGAAAUGGCAAGGAUUUUGAAAGUAAGAGGGAAAAUUAUGAUUUACGUAUGGGCAAUGGAGCAAAAACGACGAAAGUUUGAAAAACAAGAUAUUUUAAUUCCAUGGAACCCAACAUCUCCACCUACACAAUGUUCUGAGAGCAGAAUAAUGAAUCAAGAUGAUAAAUCAUUCCAGUACAAUAAUAAAGUUAUUAAUCAAAGUAAAUCUUUUAUUUGUAAGCAUGAACUUAAUAGCUGUGAAAAACACUUAAAGUCAAACGAAGCCUCCAUGUUGGGAAAGGAGGCUACAUUACUGAUUGAAAAAUGUUUCAACUUAUGGUUGUUUUCACAAUCACUCAACUCUGUGCUAAAGUUUAGCACCAAUAAUAGAACAAAAACACCCAAAGAACUGUGGCUGUGUCAGGAUUAUUCUGCUGCAGUUAAAACAAAUGGUGCGAUAAAAUCUUUCAAACAAAGCAAAAGUGACCAGCUGACCAGGGUUGUUUCAAAUGUGUUCUCUUAUGGACCAAGUUGUGAAGAUGUUCUGAAUGUUCUCUCCGAGUCGCAACUACCCAGCCAGCACAACAGUUCAGCAUCUGGCAUGCAAUUCUUUGAAUACCCAUGUGCUGGAUCUUUUGGACUUCGAGAUUCUCCCGGCCUGUUUGGUAGCUGUGCGGAAGUUUGUUUACCUGAUCUUGCUUCGCAGCCUCUGUUCCAAAAUAACAUCCAUAACUGCCACUGCAAAAAUGAAUCUGCAAUCUGCCCUGACUGUGAGAAAGACAGAUAUAACAAUGAUCAAGGUAACGUGAUCACCGAUACCAAGAGCUGGCAUUUGGAGCCACAAGUAUUGUCAAAGGACAACAAAGAUCAGAUGAAUUUCAAUAGUGCAUAUCUCAGAUACUACCAUGUUUUUAAACAAGGCGAGCUGAUUGAGCUCAUAGAAAAGUACACAGAAGACCUCAAGGUGAUUCAGACGUACUAUGAUCAUUCUAACUGGUGUGUAAUUGCAGAAAAGGUAUGAGCUUGCCAAACUUGAGAUUUAACAAUAAUUACAUCCUAAAUGUUAAUGGACAAUACUUUAUUAAUCAUCAUUGUGUCUUUUAAGUGUUUGUGCAUAUUGUUUUCAUUUGGUUUUAUUUAAUUUGUGUGUUACUUUAAUAGAUUUGAUGAUAAUGCAGUACUUGACCAGGAACAUGUGCUGCCAAAUAUUAUUAUAAUGACUAACGUUUUGCACUCUUGAUUAAAAUAUUUUAAUUCAAAAA